AUGCGCUCCCUCCACCCUCUCUUCUCUCGUCUCACCACCGCCACCGCCACCGCCACCGAGACCAACCUUCCCUCCUCCUCUCCCUCGCAUCUCCACUUUUCCCGCUCUCUCUUCUCCUCCGAGCAAUGCCUUGGCGAUCCUGCCGCGGAGGCGGCAGCCCGUCUCGAGUCCUGCGCGGACCCGGAGGAUCUGGCGCAGACGCACGCCCACGUCCUCCGCGCCCACCUCCUCCGCGCUCCCUUCCACUGGAACGCCCUCAUGCGGUGUUAUCUCCGCCUCGUCCGCCCCCGCACGUCUCUCCUGCUAUACGCCCAAAUGUCCCGCUCCGGCACCGUGCCCGACCGCUACACCCUCCCGCUCGCCCUCAAGGCCGUCGCCCUCCUAUUCGCCCUCCAUGCCGGCGGACAGCUCCACUGCACCGCUGUCAAGCUCGGACUCGAGAACCACGAGUUUACCGAGAGCGGUCUCAUUAGCCUCUACGCCAAGGCCGGCGUGUUCGACUCGGCGAUGAAGGUGUUCGACCAAAACGCGCAGAGAAAGCUUGGGUCGUGGAAUGCCGUCAUAAGCGGACUCGCGCAGGGCGGUCGAUUGGCGGAAGCAGUUGAUAUGUUCGUAGAGCUACGAAGAAGUGGGCUCGUGCCGGAUGACGUGACGAUGGUCAGCGUGGCCUCGGCCUGCGGUGGGUUAGGUGACCUCGGUCUGGCGCAGCAAGUGCACAAGUGUCUCCUGCAGGCAGGGCGGUCAGGGAGGUUAGACGUGAUGCUCUCGAAUUCGUUGGUGGAUAUGUAUGCCAAAUGCGGGAGGACGGACCUCGCGUACAAGGUGUUCUCGAGAAUGGCGAGCCGGGAUGUCUCGUCCUGGACAGCAAUGAUCAUGGGCCUGGCGAUGCAUGGUGAGGAAGUCGCUGCACUGGACUUCUUCCGGGUGAUGCAGCAGGAAGGAGUGCGGGCGAACCAGGUGACGUUCGUUGGUUUGCUGAGUGCGUGUGCGCAUGGGGGAUUGGUGGAAGAGGGCAUGAACUACCUGGAGGCAAUGGCUGAGGAGUACAGUUUGGAGCCUACGGUGGCACAUUAUGGGUGUGUGGUGGAUAUGCUGGGUAGGGUGGGGCGACUGGUGGAGGCAAGAGCCGUGGUGGAGAGGAUGCCAAUGGAUGCAAAUGUGGUGAUAUGGGGGACAUUGCUGGGUGCCUGUGAGAAGCAUGUUAAUGUGGAGGUCGGCGAGUGGGCAGCGAGGAACCUGUUGGAGCUGGAGCCAUGGAACGAUGGGGUGUAUGUAGUGCUGUCGAACAUUUAUGCAGCGGCAAAGAAGUGGGGGGAGGUAGAGAGAGUUAGAAGGUUGAUGUGGGAGAGAAGAGUUGCCAAAGCCCCAGGACACAGCUCGGCUACAGUUUCAGCUUGAAUUCGAAUUGCUCGUAAGGGAAGACAGGGUUGUGUUCCAUGAAUAAUGCCACUCUUGAAACUGGAAUCAUCUGACUUGAUGAAGUGGUGAGCUAAGUGAGAUAUUGUGUUUGAUAGAUCGAUUGAGAUAUUUCAUGUUGGCAUCAAGAAUAUUCUUUGUAUCGCUGAAAGGCCAGCAACCUGUCUUAAUAUAAAAAAAAUUUAUAGAAACAAAUGCAAUAUUUUGGUGC